AUGGUUAGGUCAACACAAAUCGCAAGGCUAGAUGGCCUUAUGCUAGCAGCCUCCGUCGACGAUGAGCAGGCUGAGUCGGAGCUUUCUGAGAUUAAGAGUCAAGCUAAAAUGAUCUUUCGGCGAUUGAAUCGCAACUCCGCACCCCAAGCCAGUAUUGAAUCUGGCCAAUACAAUCUACAGCAAGUCUUCCAUCAAUAUUGUAGCUACACUAUCCAAGACGAUAUCUGUUUUCUAUGCAUCGCCGACAAGUCCUACCCUCGCAAGCUCGCCUUCACCUAUCUUGCUGAUCUGGCCUCUGAAUUCACAACUACAUAUACCCCCUCACAAUACCUCUCGCCAAGUCUCCGUCCAUAUGCUUUCGUCGAGUUCGAUACUUUCAUUCAGCGCACAAAGAAGCUAUACCAAGAUAGUCGCGCAUCUCAGAACCUUGACAAGCUGAACGAUGAGCUCCGUGAUGUCACCAAGGUAAUGACGAAGAACAUCGAGGACCUCUUGUACCGAGGCGAUAGCUUGGAGCGGAUGGGCGAACUAUCGGGGCGGUUGCGCGAGGACAGCAAGAAGUACAGAAAGGCAGCUGUGCGCAUCAACUGGGAAUUGUUGCUGAAGCAGUACGGACCUUUCGCUGGCGUCGGGCUUGUCAUUUGCAUCCUUCUUUUCUGGCGAUUCUUCUGA